CAUGCUUUUUUCCCCUGCCAUUUUGAGUUGCUUUAGACAUGAAUAGGUAGCAUUGGUCAGAACAGUAGUAGCUAAUGAGCAAAACCAAAUACCCGUGUCCUGAAUAUUGAUUUUGAUAUUCUACUGGUAUCUUGUGCUUUGUAGUUUUUUGCAUCACAAGGAGCUCAUAAGGAAGAGCAGCUCUCUGGAUUCUGUGUGCUCUCUUUCUGGUUAGUGUGUAAGUGUGUUUAGAGAUUGAAGCACUGAUUUGGUAGAGAUUAACAUAUUCAUCAACUGUUGGAUUAAUAUUUGGAGCAAUAUGUUUCUGAAAACUAGCUCUUCAGCAUGAAUGAGACGUUUGUGAAAGAGUUCCUAGCCAAAGCCAAAGAAGACUUUUUAAGAAAAUGGGAAAGCCCCCCUCAGAAUACUGCUGGCCUAGAUGAUUUUGAGAGGCAAAAAACCCUUGGAACAGGAUCAUUUGGGAGAGUAAUGAUGGUGAAACAUAAAUCCACAGAACAGUAUUAUGCUAUGAAGAUACUGGACAAACAGAAGGUUGUCAAACUGAAGCAGAUAGAACACACACUGAACGAGAAGAGAAUAUUACAAGCGGUGAACUUUCCUUUCCUUGUUAAACUGGAGUAUUCUUUUAAGGACAAUUCUAAUUUAUACAUGGUAAUGGAGUAUGUUCCUGGUGGAGAAAUGUUUUCACAUCUAAGAAGAAUCGGAAGGUUCAGUGAACCACAUGCACGGUUUUAUGCAGCUCAGAUAGUGCUAACAUUUGAGUACCUCCAUUCAUUAGACCUCAUCUACAGAGAUCUAAAGCCUGAAAAUCUUUUAAUUGAUCAGCAAGGAUACAUCCAGGUCACGGACUUUGGCUUUGCAAAAAGAGUAAAAGGCAGAACUUGGACGUUAUGUGGGACUCCAGAAUACCUGGCACCUGAAAUAAUUCUCAGCAAGGGUUACAACAAGGCAGUGGAUUGGUGGGCAUUAGGAGUGUUAAUCUAUGAAAUGGCAGCUGGAUAUCCCCCAUUCUUUGCAGAUCAGCCCAUUCAAAUUUAUGAGAAGAUUGUGUCUGGCAAGGUGAGGUUCCCAUCACACUUCAGUUCAGACUUAAAGGAUCUUCUAAGAAAUUUACUCCAGGUAGAUUUGACCAAACGAUAUGGAAAUCUCAAGAAUGGUGUAAAUGACAUAAAGAAUCACAAGUGGUUUGCAACUACAGAUUGGAUUGCCAUUUAUCAGAGAAAGGUAGAAGCUCCAUUCAUACCAAAGUGCAGAGGUCCUGGAGAUACCAGCAACUUUGAUGACUAUGAAGAAGAAGAUAUUCGUGCGUCUCUAACAGAAAAAUGUGCAAAAGAAUUUGCUGAUUUUUAGUGGGAGUAAGAGGACAAGAUGACAUCAGGGCUCACAUUGGGAUCUUUGCACUCUGUUAACAGAUGAGGUGGAGCUGAGACCAUCAUAUGUCAAAACAGUUACCUAGUUACUUCAUUCCACAAAGCUGACUGAGGUCUUUAUUGCCAUCUUCCAUGUGUGCAGUUUGCACCAACCCUUCUAACUAGGCACAAUUAAGCAAGCACUGUUUGUGCAGUAACACAGAAUAAUAGACCACUUUCCUACUUAACUUUGGUUUCUGUCGUUCUUUGUUUCUGUGUAUUGUUCAUUUUCCCCCUUUGAAAUGAAGUAGUUUUUUACCCAAGAAUGCUCCAUUUUAUUUUGAAUAAUGUAUUAUUUGUGUGAGUGAAAUGGAAGGUGUUGCGGCUAGUGUGAUUUAGACUGAAGUGAAAGAUAAAUGUUGCUUCUAGUCUGUGCCAGCCAAUAAUUCAUGUCUGUCUUGUGUCUGAUGCUACAAUUUAUAAUAAUUUUUUAGUAGCUCAGACUAAACCUAGCCAACAUUUUUAGCAUUUUUGAAGGUAGUAUUUAUCGCCAUAUAAAUGUCUGCUAAAUUAACUUAAAAACAUUUUUUCCUGGAGGCUGACCAAAAUUCAGUAGAAUCAAUUGGAUGGCUUAAGUAGGGGACAGUAGCUAGACCCCGUGCCUUGGUUUUCUACAUCCCUGCAGUUUUCGUCACUGCCUCCUUCCUUUGUAUUUCCCACCUAGGCAGUAGGCAAAUUGCCAUAACCAGACUGUACCAUGGAAAGCUUACAGUCUCAUGAGAGGGAGUAAUUCCAUCUGGUCUGGAUUUUGGACCAUAUUAAACCAAGUCAACUUACCAGCAUUUCAGUUGGCAGGUAUGAAAUGGCUUGUUUAAGAUCAAGAACCCUAAACUCUUAAAGGAAGUUUUGGUCAGUACUGUAGAGAAUUCAUUUUGAUUCACCUUUUCUUUUUUUUUUUUUUUUCCUAAUUUUUAAAAAGUAGCCAAUGUUUGGGCUCCCAAAGUAUUCCUUGCUUCAAGCCUUUUUUGAUUAAAAAAGGCAUCCAUUAGAAUAAAAACCACCAUGCCACAAAAAGCAAAAUGCGCUCUGCCAUUAGCUAUGAAAAACAAAUGGUUUAGCAAAUGCAAAAUAAUGUUCUAGAUGCAUCGCUGGAUGAACACGGUUAUUUUUUGUUAGCUGUUAAGAAUAAGAGGUUAUUGCCAAGUUUUUAUUCUGGUAUACUAUAUUAGUAAACUGAGGAUGGAGUACUGCUACAAUCAUUUUCUUUUUAAUUACAGCACUUCAUUCAAGAAGAAAAGAGAUCAAGUUUAAAAACUGCAACAGCUGAGUUUAUUUUAGUUGCGUUGUGUCUUCAUUUCUAACCUACUUUCUUUCAAUCAAUCAGAAUGUAUGGUCACACAGAUACAAGUAUUUGGGUUUAAUUAUGUUUUGUAUACUCUCACCAACUGACUUAAAAGGUAUUGCUACCAUGUGCUAGCUUUGGGCACUUUUACACAUUUAUUUCAAUGUUAAUAAUCAGCGGCUCAGCACUUUUUUCGGGGUUGCUUUUAAACUUAUUCAUAGUAGUUUUAUUUGUACACUUGGUUCUGGCUGUCUCAGUGACCUGUCUUAAAACAGCACAUCUAAAAGUUUAAACUAGACUCAUGUUUUAUGACAAAUUUACAUGCAUACAAGGAUGAUUCUUUUUUUUAAAAAAUGAGCUAUAUUGAUAUAUAGCCAUUGGAUUUCUUUGAAUGCCAGUGCAAAUAAACAGCUGGCAUUCCUUCCUUUUAAUCUGUACGACACUCUUAAAAGAAAAGCCUUUGUAGACAUUUUACAAAAGAGUAUGAAACAUACCACCAAUGUUCUGUAUGUUUAGGUUGUUGAGCAUUUUUGCACAACGUCAUUAGGAGGCUGACACUGAAUGCAGUCUUUGUCCACCCAUAUUUACAUACAUGCAAGAAAAGUAUAAGAUACUUUGCUGUAGCAAAUUUUAUGUAACAAAGAUAUAUCGUCACAUUAAUAAAUUUAAAGAAAUCCUUUGUAUGAAAAUGUUAAAAUCUUUUGUAUUUCAUUUAGACCAAGGACAUGCUGCUGUAUGCUAGCUGUAUGCGAUAAAUUCUACAGUAACUUUGUUGUCGUUUAUGAACUUUAAAAGAUUUUAAUAAAUGUUGGAGAUCACAA